AUUUGUGUAACCUUCCUUUUCGUAACUCGUGUUGUGUAAGAAGUGACUUUGUGAGGACAGUGGGCGAUAUAAGAGGAAGAUAUAACACACAAGAGUAGGAAAAGGCAGCCCAUACCGGUAUCUGACGAUGUCUUGCCUCAGACCGAUGCUGAACACCGCUAUCCGCUGUCAUUGUCGGGCCUUGCAGCGGGCCGCAGUACAGAGUUGCGCACUAGGAAGUACCUGUUCCACCACUACUGCCAUCCAGAUGGUCAACUUACAACAGACGUGUGACCAGUACAGACCUGUACACAUGUACACCAGACAUUUCUCUUCUCUAUCUUCUGUACAGUACCAGAGUGAAGGAAGCACCACUCCUUACUACGCACCUGCAGCUGAGGAGAAGCCAGGUCUGGGGAGGAGGAUUCUCAAGAAACUGGGCUUCACUGGGAAACUACGUGUCAACAAAUAUAGGUUGCGGAAUUCUGGACUGCACAUGUACGCAUGUUGCACCGAUGGAAUCGACUUCAGCGACUUUUUUGAAGCCUGUGGUCUGCCUGACACCCUGAAUUCCUGGUUCCUUAUCAUGGAACUACACGUAUGGAUGUGUCUAGUGAGAAUGAAACAGGAAGGAGAAGAAGGAAAGAUUGUUUGCCGGUGGCUGGUCUACACUAUGUGGGAAGACAUCAGGACAAGAGGCAAGGCUAUGGGGAUAUCGUCCUCCCAAAUGACUGAAAGCCUGAACGUGUGGACGGAGCAGUUUUACGCCAUGAUAUUCUCGUAUGAUGAGGGGAUCAUCUGUGAUGACAGGACGCUCGCUGGCGCCGUCUGGAGAACUGUCUUUAACAAGAGCUGUGACGAUCCUGAGAAGAUAGAACGACUCGUCGCAUACAUUAGACAUCAGAUGCAGCACGUUGAUGCCCUUGACACUGAACAGCUGCUGAAGUACGGCAAGGUCCCCUGGCUGCCCUUUGACCCUAAAAUGCCAUUGGAAUAGGUAAAAAAACAAAUUUCCCCCAAACAGAAAACUAUAUGUAAGAUUUGUUUGAGUCAAAAUAACUGUAUGAAAUGAUGACUGUCUUUUGCACAGUAAGUUGGUAUGUACAAAUGCUAUAAAAGAAGUUGUUUUACCCGGUAUUUGAUUAUACUGCUGCUGGGGUCCCUGACACAGAGGUGGACAGCAGUCGGAUAGUCUUCACACUGCACUUCCAAGCCGCUGGUUUACACUGGCAAGACCACAAAGUUUAACAUUGAUGUCCUUUUUAAGACACUUCUACCAACAUUUCCUUGGUCUCCCACGACCUCUGUUGCCUGGUAACUGCCAUUUAAAGAUGGCUCGUUCAAACCAUUAAUACCAAUGGAGUGAAAGUUGAAAAUUUUUAGAAUUUCCCUGAAAGAUUGAAUUAUAACAAUUAAGAUAUCUUUGAGGGGAUUACAAGCUGUGAAGUCAAUGAAGUCAUUUAACUACCUCGAGAGAAGAAACUAACUAGGAAUGUGUUGUUGGGUAUUGAAUCUAAAGUUUAAUUAGGACAAACUUUAUUUUGAAAAGGCAUGAAGACUGGUACCAAGGGUUAGACGUAUAUAUGUGUCUUUGUCUUGUUGGAAUUGAAUUAAAAAUCUGAAGAAGUUGGUUGACAUUUCUUAGCCAAGACUGUAUAGUACCGUCUCAUAAUUAUAAAAUGUUGAUAAACUA